UUCUACCAUACAAUCCCCAAUAUAUAACAAUUCUAGCCCUAAUCACUUUAAUUUCUCCCAAUUUACCCGCCAAAUCCGCCAUGGACGACCUUCAAGCAACCUACAAAGACGAUCUAGACGAAGACACUUCCAAUUCCCCCAACACAACCACCAUGCACCCCGAAAUGUCCGAUCCACCACCACCACAAACCACCACCACCAACACCGUGAACCAAACCCUAACCACUCCCACCACCGUCGACGACGAAACCCUAACCAUCCCCACCGCCACUCCCAACACCGUCACCACCACCUCUACCACCUCCGCCACCCCCGACACAGAAGAACUCUCCGACAUCGAACCAAACCCUAACAAUUCCCCCAAUUUCACCAAAAUCGUAUCCUCAGAAGACGAAUUGGAAGAUCUAGAACAACCUCCAGCGAAGAAGCUUAAAAACAUGUCAUCAAUUACACCACAAGCUGAUGAAUUGCCUCUCGAAGCCGCUGCGUCGACACCACCGGUGCCUCCACCAAGCGAAAAAGUUAACAGUAAGAAGGGAAGUAACAGUAUGAAGAAGAAAAAGAGCAAAGGAAACAAUGUAUGGACUAAACCGGCGUCUCGAAAGGGGAAAAAGAGGACCAAGAGUACCACAACCACCACUGCUCAAACAGAGGACUCUGUUUUAAUCACGCCGAUUCAUCGGUAUCCGGAUAAGAACGACGAUGCUGCGGAUAUGACGAUAUGUCUAUCGAAGGUGUAUAAGGCGGAGAAGGUGGAGUUGAGUGAGGAUAGGAUGAGUGCUGGGAGUUGUAAAGGGUAUAGAAUGGUUAGGGCUACUAGAGGUGUGAUGGAAGGGGCUUGGUAUUACGAGAUUAAGGUGGUGAGUUUGGGGGAAACGGGGCAUACGCGGCUUGGGUGGUCGACGGAAAAGGGGGACUUGCAGGCGCCGGUUGGUUAUGAUGGGAAUAGUUAUGGGUAUAGGGAUAUUGAUGGGAGUAAAGUGCAUAAGGCUUUGAGGGAGAAGUAUGGGGAGGAAGGGUAUGUUGAAGGUGAUGUCAUUGGGUUUUAUAUUAAUUUGCCGGAUGGGGGUUUGUUUGCUCCGAAGGCACCGCAGGUGGUUUUGUAUAAGGGGCAGAGGUAUGCGUAUGCUACGGAUGCGAAAGAAGAGCCUCCUAAAGUUGUUCCAGGAAGUGAAAUAUGCUUCUUUAAAAAUGGAAUUUGUCAAGGGUCUGCUUUUAAGGAUCUCCACGGUGGCCGUUAUUACCCUGCUGCUUCAAUGUAUACUCUUCCUCAUCAGAGUAACUGUGUCGUCAAAUUCAACUUCGGUCCUGAUUUUGAAGCCUUUCCACAACACUUUGGUCAACGUCCAAUCCCAAAACCAAUGGUUGAAGUUCCAUAUCACGGCUUCGACGGAAGUGUUCAAAACGGGAAUCCUUCGGGUUUGACUAGAGCGUGCCCGAUGCUGAAAGUGGUUGAAGAGAUUGAAUAUUGACAAGACUGAAGCAGAUGAAGAGUUUCCGGUUGGUUACUUUUAGCCAAUGAAAAACGAUCUGUAAAAAAGGUACACAACCUUGUAUCCCUCAUCAUAUUCUUCUCUUGGUGAUGGACUAAGGGGUACAACUACCUCUAAGUUGGAUAUAUAUUAUCUGUAAUAUAAGUAAGUCUAAUGAUAGCUGUUGAAGAACUAAAAAGAACAAAAAAAUGAAUGGUAGAUUGGUAGCUUACUUCCA